CUUGUUUCCCGUCGGUGUCGGAAGCCUCGCUUGUCAACAAACUGCCGCUGCCGGACCGGAUGCUAAUCCUGAGACGCCGCUCAUCGAGUGUGUUUGGGGAUGGAGCCCCACGGAGUGUCCCGUGAUGUUCUCCUGGAACGUCCCUGGCUUCCUGUCAGCAUCAAUGGCUGCCGUCUGCUCGCCAAGAGUUGGUUUGGGGAGACCAGUUGCAGCAUCCUGCUGACGGACCUCCAUUGUGUGUGGGAGGAGACCAUGCACUCAGCAGCCAUCCAGAAGCGAGCGCAGGAGCUGAACAAGCGUCUGCAAGCCCCGGUCAAAGCAUUCUUCGCUCACCUGUGCGAGGUGAUUCAACCCUGCCUGUCAGGCAGCGGGCAGCCACAUGAAGGCCACGCCCACGUCUCUUUGACGCGACUCGACAGCGCCGACAUGGUCCUGAGGCUGAAGAGCAAACUCGCCGGGCUGCCCUUCUACUGGGAGUUUCGCUGCACCCCCGCCCCCAUUGCUGUGGUGUGUCUUCACCUGGUGCGCCCCCUGCUGUCCAUGAGCCAUGUGCUGCACCAGCAAGUGGAGCAGUUGGAAGGUUUACUGGUCAGGAAGGAUGCUGAGAUCCAGGAUUACAAGGAGAACGGAGCCACUCUCAGCAGAGCCCGCUUGCAGACCGACCAUUUUGAGCCACAAACCUACAGAGGCCGCUUCUUGGCAAAGACUCUUCCUGUGGUUUGUUCCGACCUUCACGGCCUUCAGAACUUCGGCGGCAACCUCCAGGAGCUUUACGCCGCCGUCACGGCGCACGGAAACGCACGCAAGCGCAAACUGUCUGAUCAGGACCGGCAGGAUCCUGAUCUCACACCAUCCACAGGUGUUGAAGCGGGUGUUGCUGCAGUUGCUGAAGCAGGAGAAGAAGACGGAGACCAGAAGCAGACAAGUCAAGUGGAGGAACCAAGAGACAAGAAGGUGGACACACCCGAGGUGCAGCAGCUGGUCUCCUGCUGCCGUGCUGAGCGAGGGUCUUCCAAAGCAAAGAAGAAGAAAGGUUUGGGCUUGUUCAGAUGAAACACAAACUGCAUUUUUUAAAGGACAUUUUAAUUCGUUAGUUUUUAAAUCGAUUUUAAUCAUGGACUCAAUUUUAUUAUUUUAUCAUUGGAAAUGUAGGCAUGUAAUGUUGUAAUAAAUAUUAAAAAUAAAUGACUUGAAUAUUGUGUCAAACAAGUUC